CACAACCAAAGAAAGCUUCCAAGUCCUAAAAAUGGCAGCAGCCCGGAAAAGGAUCGUGGUAGCGUGUGUGUGCGCAGCAUUGUUGAUGACUCUCGCAGUCUCAUCGCCUUCGUGCAUUCCCGUCAAAGGGGUGUAUUUCCCUGAAUGGUCUAACGUGGACCCUUCCUCCGUCGAAACCAAGCUUUACACUCACAUCUUCUACGCUUUUGUCACUCCACACAGCGACACCUUCCAAUUCCAAAUAGACCAAACUCGAGCUCCACUGCUUCUCAACUUCACCUCCACCAUCCAUGCCGCCAACCCUCCCCUUAUCACACUCUUCUCUGUUGGUGGCGCUGCUGAGGGCACCGCCUUCUUCUCCCGUCUCGCCUCCAACUCUUCCUCGCGCGCAGCUUUCAUCCACUCCAGCAUACAAGUCGCACGAAAAUUCGGAUUUGAUGGAGUAGAUUUGGAUUGGGAAUUCCCUGAAACUCCAACGGAUAUGGAAAAUUUGGGAUACCUUUUGGACGAGUGGCGUGCGGAGGUGCAAAAGGAGGCGGCCGCCACAGGACGGCCGCCGCUCCUCCUCACGGCCGCGGUGUACUACUCUGCGGACACGUUCCUCGAUGGCAUGGCGCGGGCGUACCCGGCGGCCUCGGUGAGCAGGAACCUGGACUUGAUCAACGUCAUGAACUACGACUACCACGGCGCGUGGAACAAGUCCGUCACCGGCGCGCAGGCAGCCCUGUUCGACCCGAGCAGCAACCUGAGCACGAGCUAUGGGCUCGGGUCGUGGGUCCGGGCUGGGGUGCCUCGCAGCAAGCUGGUCAUGGGGCUGCCCCUUUAUGGGAGGACGUGGAAGCUCAGGGACCGCGGGGUCCACGGUGUGGGCAUGGCCGCGGUCGACGUGGGGCCCGGCUGGAACGGGACGGGUGUGCUGACUUAUGCUGAGGUGGUAGAGUUUAAUAAGGCCAACAAGGCAAAGGUCGUAUAUGACGUGGCGACGGUGUCGGUGUACUCCGUGGCAGGUGAUUAUUGGGUGGGGUAUGAUGAUAAGAAGACUGUGGCUGCCAAGAUUGGUUAUGCUAAAGCACUUGGUCUGCGUGGCUAUUUCUUUUGGGCUAUUAAUGGUGAUUAUAAGUCUACCAUUUCUAAAACAGCUUCAAAACUGUGGCGUCUCUGAAAUUGAAGUUGAAAUGCAUAGAGUCAUGGUUUUGGAAUGAAGUUGAUUGUAUUUUGUUUCAUAAGAUCGAUUAUAUUACCUAGAAUUAUUUCUUAGAUUUUCUUGCAUUUUAAUUUUAAUUUCAGUUGAUAACCAAUGUUUAUAUAAAUUGAUCACUUUCAAAUUUGAUA